UUAAUCACAAACUUUUCGCAUCUUCUUCUCCACAUUUCUCUUCGGCUGGGUUUUACGUGCAGGUAAUUUGAUAUUUCUAGUGGGGGAAGUCUUGAUUGUAGAGAGUCUGUUUACCUAGAUUAUGGCGGGUUGGCAGCGGCAUCUGCAGUCGCUAGUGCGUCAGGUUGCAAAGAGAUAUGAAUGCAGCCGCGGUGCUUCAUUCAGCACUUUCAAUCAAGCAAAGGAUUCACGUGUGUCUGGUGCACUUCCCUCCUUGACUAGCCUCCGUAACUCAUUGUUUCCACCUGUCUCAACAUCACCAUCUCUAUAUACCCAGAAAUUGGGAUUCAGUAGUUCAAGGAGCUUGCUCGCUGCCGAAGGAACUCCUACAUCUUCACCCUUAAUACCAGCUUUACCAUCAAGUACUGGAACUGGAAAUACUGAAACUCAAAGGGCCAUUUCUAAAGCAGAAAAGGUUCAAGCAGUUUUGAAGGGAAUAAAGAUGAGUCCUAAGAAGUUAAAUUUGGUGGCUGCAUUGGUCCGCGGAAUGCGUGUUGAAGACGCCCUGUUGCAGUUGCAAGUGACAGUGAAGAGAGCGGCUAAAACUGUAUACCAGGUUAUACAUUCAGUUCGCGCCAAUGCAACACACAAUCACGGACUUGAUGCUGACCGCCUUCUUGUUGCGGAGGCAUUUGUUGGCAAGGGAACCCAUCUGAAGAGGGUAUCAUACCAUGCCAAGGGUAGAUCAGGCAUAAGAGAGAGAGCAAGGUGUCGGCUGACCGUGGUGGUAAGAGAGAUAACUGCAGACGAGGAGGCGGAGAUAGCUAAGUUGAAGGUGCACAACUUCCGCAAGCUUACUAAAAGAGAGAAGCGCCUUGUUCCUCAUACACUCAUCGAGACCACUCCCGUUUGGGAUCGCAAGAACAGAUCCCGAAGCCAAGAAUCAGCUGCAUUCAAUUAGUUCACAAGUCAAACUGCUCCAAAUUCAAGUUGAUCAUCUGCUUUCUGCUGCUGCAUUUUUCUGCAAUCAAAAUUUGAAGACAGGUGGUGGCUAAUGAAACUUUAACUUUGUUUUGAGGUUUAUCAACAAAUGGUUGUAUUUUAAAACAGGUGGUGGCUAAUAAUGUCAUACUAGACCCAGCAAAUGGUUGAAUUUUUUUGGAUGAGGUGAGAUGCUUGUAUUUAAUGUGCUUUCAAAUAUGAAAUGAGUGAGCUGUCCAAUUUUGCCACAA